UAGGCUAUUUAUGAGCACACUUCUCGCAAUUGUGUGUUUGAGAAGUUUCUUAAAUCGUGCGCUUAGUCAUGGGUUACACCUAAAGUAAUAACUUCAGGUAAUGCCCGGUUACACCCUGUCAUGGAAACUCAGUACCGACUUUUGUGCUUAUCCCAGAGGAACGUCAAGCAGCCUGCCGAAGCCGCGACGUCGGUUUAAUUCUCUAAGAUGAUCUAGUCACUCUGAGCACAUACUGAACUCGAGUUCAGAUGAAUGCACGCCCUAAAGUUUUUCACGAUGAGUAAUGCUGAAUAGCUUCUUUAGAAAAGACAAGGAAAGAGGGAUCUCUCAGUUACGAUCCAGAUGACAUAAACCCAAAAACAACAACUUUUUACAAUGCAUGUAAGCUAUAGGCUACCAGUCAGUCGUACAGUGAUUUAGACCAGGAUAUAUGGUGACAAAUAGCUCUCAGUGACUCGCCACAACACUUGAAUGCACAGGUUCUAACUUAGGAUUCGCUCUUCGAGUAGGCUACUCGAUUUCGACAGAAGUAGGAUAUACGCGCGGUCGCCUGGGUUGCUUGGCGAGUGCGUUGACACAGCCCAGAUAUUUUAUGUUUUACAACAAUUGUUUCUAAUAUCGGCCUUCAUCAUCUUCUUCUUGGACUGUUCGUGUUGAUGAGCAUCUUCGACAUUUUCUAUAUUUGAGGUGUGAGAUUGUGGCCAUCCAGCUGGAGUGCGCUGAUUGGUGUUGCACCAUCACAAGCAUUCUCUCCGUUUCUCUGACACCUUCCCCAACUCAACACUAAUGCCAUUAGCAGAGCUGCUCUGUGUGGUGCUCUUUCCUGAUGGUGACACACAUACCUUCCAUGUCAAUAAGCAGCAGGAUGGCUCAGGCCUGUUCAGUGCUGUCUGUGCACAGCUGUCUGUGCAGGACACUCACUACUACAGCCUGCUCAUAUCAGAGAACACACUCCGAGAGACCUCACCGAGGUGGCUGGAGCAGAACAAGCCCCUGAAGAAGCAGUUGAAAGGCCCCUCACCAUUCUUCUUGAGUUUUAGAGUUCGCUUCUUUGUUUCUGAUCCAAAUUCUUUGCAACAUGAGCAAACCAGGCAUUUCUAUUUCCUGCAGAUUAAGAGAGAUAUUCAGGAGGGCAGAUUGAAAUGUCCUCUCAGUUCUGCUGUGGUUCUUGCCUCGUAUGCUGUUCAGUCGGAGCUUGGAGACCACAAACCCGAGACUCCAUCAGGGUACUUGAGCAAGGCUCACUUUCUACCUGAACAGAAUGAGGACUUCCUCCCGAAAGUAGAAGCACUGCAUCCACAACAUAGGGGCCUCUCCCAGUGUGAAGCCGAGCUUUGCUUUCUGAACACAGCUAGAACGCUGGAACUCUAUGGAGUGGAGCUACAUGUUGCAAAGGAUGAGAAUAAGUCCACCCUAUGGGUAGGCAUUGCCUCAGGAGGCGUGGCUUUGUUCUGUAAUCUGAUCUGCACCAGUUUUUUCCCUUGGAUAAACAUAAUCAAGAUUUCAUUCAAAAGGAAAAGAUUCUGCAUACACCUUCGAAGAAAACAUGGAGAGGUGGGAGAGCAAGUGGUAUCUGUCUGCAUGCAGAAUUCUCGUAACUGUAAAAACCUCUGGAGAUCGUGUGUGGACCAUCACACUUUCUACCAACACAGGAACACACACCCAUCACCCACAUCCAGGCCACUGUACCGCAGACUUGUGACAGGAAAGCUAUGGGACUCAGCUCUGAAGUCUGGCUCAAGUGAACACCUGGAGACACAGAGCCUCCCCUCCAGAUCUCCUCCAAGCACACCCACCUGGCGGAGUCCACGCAUGAGGCAUGACGUGCACAAGCCACGGCCAUCUUCUGUCGACAACCUGACCGGGGAGACGAGCGACGGCACAGAGACCGAGGAGGUGUUUUACACCUACAGGAAAGUUCAAGACGAUAACACUACCAGCACCUUCACGCCCCAACACGAUGAAGUCAUCACUGGGGAGGAAGAGGAGUCACCCUGGGAGAAGGGGGUGGUGAUGGACGGUGAUUUGUUGCUGGUGAGAAUAAGCCCUGACCCAGAUGGCAAAUUUGGGUUCAACGUCAAAGGGGGUGUGGAUCAGAAGAUGCCUCUUGUCAUAUCGCACGUGAACCCAGACUCCCCGGCGGCCCAGUGUACACCGGCGGUGUGUGUGGGGGAUGAGUUAGUCCUGGUGAAUGGAAGGGAUGUAUCAGAACACACACAUCAGCAGGUGGUCAUGUUCAUCCGGGCCAGCCGGGAAACACACACCAAUCACCUCACACUGCUGCUGCGCCGCCGAGCAGGUGUCUCCCUCCGUGCUGUUCCCUCGCUCCAGAUUGACCUUGGCCUUUCUAUGCUGGGGGAGAUCUCGGAGACGGCCAAUCAAGCGCCAGGACAGAGCCUGGAGGAGUCGAUGACCAGACUGGAGAGGGGUGUAAUGACCGGGACUCUGCUGAUGCAGUUUGAAAAACUCUACAGGAGAAAACCCGGACUCACGUACUCCAGCGCAAGGUUGCCGGAGAACACGGAGAAGAAUCGUUAUAAGGACGUUCUGCCAUAUGACAUCACCAGGGUGGUAUUAAAGGGAGACGGUGACGACUACAUCAACGCCAACCAUGUGAAGACGGAGCCUGGUGGAGGGGUGUUACGGUACAUUGCAGCUCAGGGACCACUACCAGUCACAUGCACACACUUCUGGAGGUGUGUGUGGGAGCAGAACAGCACACACAUCAUCAUGCUCACCACACUCACCGAGAGAGGGCGGACUAAGUGCCACCAGUACUGGCCACACCCCCCAGAGGUGAGGGAAUACGGCAACCUGCAGGUGUGCUGCCACUCAGAGGAAGGCAACCUGACCUACGUCACCCGAGAGUUCACACUCACAAAUACACAGACUGAUGAGCAGCGCUCUGUCACUCACCUGCAGUACGUGGCCUGGCCGGAUCAUGGCACUCCAGACGACGCCUCGGACUUCCUCAGCUUCAUCCAGUCUGUGCGCAGUCGGAAGAAGAGGACGAGCCCACUGAUGGUCCACUGCAGCGCAGGGAUCGGACGGACAGGUGUCCUCAUCACCAUGGAAACAGCGCUGGUGGAGAUGGAGGCCGGCGAACCUGUGUGUCCACUCCAGAUCGUCCAGUCUCUGAGAGAGCAGAGGGCUAUGAUGGUCCAAACACCGUGCCAGUUCCGCUUUGUGUGCGAGGCCAUCUUGAAGGUGUACAGAGACAAGCACAAAACAUCUGGACACUGAGAGGGGGCUGGAGGGGUGCGGAGUGAAAGCGAUGACCAAAGCUGCUGUAGAUGUUUCUUUUGUAUAAAUAAGUGCUUCUUAAUAUAAUAAAUUAAAUGUAGUGAUGGUCCGAAUAUGCAUUAGAGAGCCAGAGAGCACUUUGACUACGACUACUACUGCUACACACACACACACACACCCCUAGAGAGAACAGUGAGAAAUACCUACAUGUCCUAAUUUACUUUCAUCAGAAGUAGCACAUACACCUUGGAAUGUGUUUUGUUUCAAAGUCUGCAUAAUAUCUAGAGAUAAAGGGUUCAAAUGUUAACUUCCUUACACACACACACAUGCACACGUACACCUGCUGUCAGAUGAGAAGCAAAAGUAACUAUUUUGAAAUUCAUUCCUUCAUGCCACAUUUGUUUCUUAGCAAUCUCUCUAUGUUUUGGCCCAGAGACAAUCUCACUCAAGAAGUGGAAAAACACUAAUUGGGAAAGUGUUUUGGAUGUUUGAUUCCGUGUGGGCUGUGCACAUAUAAGGGUUCUCUUUGCUGUCUCUGUACAUAUGACCAGUGAACACUUUUCUUACACAGAAAAAGAAACACUAGAACUAUGACCUCAGUAACAAUCCCUGGUGCACAAUAAAAAAAAAGGUGUAAUUUCUGCCAAUAAAAUCAAUGGUACAA